UGCGAGAUUACUACCCACAUCUGUCAGUCGAUCAAUUAUGGACAGAGCAUCUCCGCCUGGCAGCAUACCCGUCCAAAACUAUCAUACCAUUAUAUUCGUACCUCAAGAGUCGGAAGACAGUCUGAUGGCAAACUCCAUAGCGGAGACUCGUGGUGGUAAGCACAGCUCAACGCAGGUCCUCGAUUACCUAAUCGCUAACUACCGGUGAAGACGACAACUCCCAAGACGGCCCGGAAGAGCACAGGGCCGUGAUCGCGAA